GCAUCGAUAGCAAAUCUGAAUGGAUGUCUAACAGAUGAUUCGGGUGCCACAAUCGAUAAAUCGGUUCUUGUUCGAGCUGCCAGACAACUUCUAACAUCCGUAACACGUGUUUUAUUGUUAGCCGACCGCAUCGCAUAUUCCUUGGUUAAACUGGAAAAUACGACAAAUUUCACGGAUUUCGUGAAAAUUUUUACUGAAUUUGGCGGUGAUAUGGUUGAUUUGGCGCAUCGUUCCGGCGAUCGACAAAACGAUUUGAAAAGCGAAAAACGUCGAGGACAAAUGGCCGUUGCGCGUACAAUGCUUGAACGAUUAACAAUGCUUUUGCUAACAUCAAACAAAACCCUGCUGAGGCAUCCAGACAGUGAAAGUGCACGACAGUGUCGUAAUGGAGUGUUCCAGCAGGUCAGUUACUGUCUGAUUCUGUCAGAAGUUACUUUUAGCAAGCAACGGAGGUUUAUCGAAAUGUUAGAAAUGGUGCGGGUGACAUAUAAUGUUGGAACGGGUGCUCGAGAAAGGCUAAUUAGCGCGCUGGAUUCGUUGUGUGAAAUGACGCAGGAUUUUACAGAUUCCGCAUACACCCCACAUCAUCAUCGUGAGCAAAUUCUCGAUUUCCUGGAGGAAUGCAGAUUUGAAAUGACAAAUCUUAUACAGCCAGAUGUAGCCGAUGAACCUUUGAGGAAUGAAAGCAUCGAAGUGAGUGUAGAAAGGCUUGGUCGACGACUGAAGGAUCUCAGGAAGCAACUUCAGAUUGUGGCCAUGGAGCAGAUUUCAGAAGUACUGCGUGCCAACGAAGAUCAGCUAAUUCUGUCAUCUAUAAAAGCUUGCUCUGUUUCGGGUGAUAUUGAUGGUGUGGAGAAAUUUUUGGAAAAAUUCCGAGAACAUGCCGAGCAUAUGCAAGAAGUAAGUUGUAGCUUUUGCUUUUUUUCUAGCUUAUUUCUGGUUUGUCGACUGCUUCAUCACGUUUCGCUAACUGAUGGCCUACAUGUUGCAACGGGACAUGUGGAACGAAAUCUCCGUGCCCUUGCACCUUUGACUUUGCUGGCUGGUCGAACACUGUGCAUUCAUCCAUCUUCUCGAAUAGCUCGUGAAAAUCUGGAAGUUUUUUGUGACACUUGGGCGCAGUGUAUCAACGAUUUGUCAAGAUUAGCGAAAGAGACGGACGCUGCGGCGAGUGGUCGCUUGGCAGCCGAGAAGCAAGCGUACAUGUCACUGCCUAGGCCAGGGGUUAGUUGUUGGUCAGUUACAGCUAGCCAGAAAAGUGAUUACGCUUCCUCACCCCUAUCCACCAAGUCAUCUUCACCGACAUCGGAGCAUUCCUCGGAUCUGUCCUCUUCAAAAUGUGGUACUUCCUGUCAUUCCCAGCCCGAUGUUCAGCCCGUUUCUGGAAAUGGUAUUCCGAUGAAACAGCUCGGUGAGCGAUCAAGCGAGCAGCGACCGGAACAUACUACUGACUUGUCUUCUGGCAUUGCUACUAGAGCUUCUGCUACCGACGCAAAGUCGCAAUAUAGGUUGAGCGCAAUACUGGGUGAUUUGGAAAUGGAAAUGAGCAAAAUGCAUCUUGCUAACCAUCUAUCUUCAGCGGAACAUUAA